AAUUGAAAAAUAAUAAAUUAAAUUACUAUACUCGAAAUAUUAGAUUUUAUUAUUUUGCACUGAUUCAGAUGACGUCUGACUUUAUGUGUACUUGCACAUCUUUAUUAAUCCCACAUCACCACACUGAACAAAUUCAUCAUAAUUCAUAUAUCAUAUAUAUAUAUACAACAAAAAGGCUUUGAUCAUUCAAAAUUGAGUAUUCAUCUGCAAAAAUGGAGAUAAACAAUCUCUGUUUGUAUCUAUCACCCAUAAUCCUGUUAGCCCUUUACAGCACAAUCCUUCAUCUGCUAAACAAAUUCCGAAACCUUCCUCCAAGCCCGUUUCCAGCCCUCCCUUUCGUCGGGCACAUCUAUCUUCUAAAGAAGCCAUUCCACAGGGGACUUUCGGAAGUUUCUAGAAGGUUCGGCCCGGCCAUAUUCCUCCAGCUCGGAUCCAGGCCCGUUCUUCUAAUCUCGUCUCCAUCUCUAGCGGAAGAAUGUCUGACGAAGAAGAACGACAUCAUCUUCGCCAACAGGCCGAAUCUACUCAACGGGAGGUAUUUCGGAUAUAACUACACGAGCCUUUCGUGGGCCCCGUAUGGAGACCAUUGGAGGAAUCUUCGGAGGAUCUCUUCUCUCGAGCUGUUGUCCUCCCAGAGAAUACAGAUGCUUUCUUACAUUAGGGCAGAUGAAGCCAUGAGCCUUGUCAGAAAGCUUGUCCACGUCAGCAUCGAAGAGCCGGACAAAGUCUUGGAAGUCAAAUCGGCUCUUUUCGAGUUUAGUUUCAAUGUCUUGACUAGGAUGAUCACAGGGAAGAGAUAUUAUGGUAAAAAUGUGGAGAACUCGAAAGAAGCCAAGAUUCUCGAGGAGAUAGCAAUCGAGACAUCAAAAGUGGCGUUCGAGACAAACGUUGUCGAUUUCUUGCCUUUGAUGAGGUGGUUCGGGUUUAAAGAUUUGGAGAAGAAGUUGAUUUCUAUACACGAAAAGAGAGACAAGUUCAUGCAAAAUGUAAUAGACGAAAAUCGACGAGAAGUACUAUUGAUGGAAAACAACGAAUGCACUAAUACUACUACUUCAGUUAAUCAUCAAGUGAAGACGAAGAAGACGAAGAAGAACAUGGUGGAAGUUUUGCUGGAUUUGCAGAGAUCAGAGCCUGAUUAUUACACAGAUGAAACCAUCAAGAAUCUCCUCUUGGUAAGAUUAUUUCAGGUUUUACUGCAAGGAGGAUCAUCAACUUCAACAAUCGCCCUAGAAUGGGCGUUUUCCCUGCUGCUCGACAAUCCAGAAACCCUAAAAAAAGCCCAAUCCGAAAUCGACGCCCGCGUCGGAUUCGACCGCCUCAUCACCGAAACCGACGUGGCGGCGCUGCCGUACCUCCGCCACGUCGUCCUCGAAACGCUGCGUCUGCAUCCUCCGGUCUCGAUACUGAUGCCCCACCGCUCCUCAGCCGAGUGCACGGUCGGCGGAUUCCGAAUUCCGGCGAACACCAUACUGCUGGUGAACAUAUGGGAUAUUCAUCAUAACCCGGAAAUAUGGCCCGACCCGGAGGAGUUCAGACCCGAGAGAUUUGAGGGGUUCGAUGGGAAGAAGGAAUUGGGGUUUAGGUUUUUCCCAUUCGGGUCGGGUCGACGGGCCUGCCCGGGUGAGAAUUUGGGGAUUUCGAAUAUAGGGUUAGGGCUUGGUUCAUUGAUUCAGUGCUUCGAUUGGGAGAAAAUUGGGGAAAUUGAUAUGAGCGAAGGCGCCGGAACGACGACGCCUAAGGUUCAACCGUUAACGGCUAGAUGUAAGCCACGUCACUUUCUUGAAAAUUUUAUUUCUUGAAUAUUUGAACUCUUU